AUGGUUGUGGGCGUGUCAAAAGGAUUCGAGAAGAAACUUCAAUUGGUAGGUGUAGGAUACCGUGCAACGAUUGAAGGGAAAGACAUAGUUCUUAAUCUUGGAUUCUCUCAUCCGGUUCGGAUGGAAAUACCAGAUGGACUGCAAGUUAAGGUUGAAGAAAACACAAGAAUCACUGUAAGUGGAUACGAUAAAUCCGCCAUUGGCCAGUUUGCAGCUUCAAUAAGAAAAUGGAGACCUCCAGAACCUUACAAAGGUAAAGGUGUGAAGUAUGCUGAUGAAGUAGUUAGAAGGAAAGAGGGUAAAGCAG